AUGGCCCCCAACGGAACUGCCCCGCUCGACCCCUCCUUGGCCGUGGAGCACCUGAAGACAUACGAGAGGUCUGAUGGCCUUUCGGUCCAGGAUCUUAUGGACUCGCGCGUCCAUGGCGGCCUCACCUACAACGAUUUUCUCCUCCUCCCAGGCCACAUCGACUUCUCCGCGGCCGACGUCGUCACCGAAAGCCGUAUCACGCGCAACGUUGUGCUCAAGACGCCCUUCUUGAGCAGCCCUAUGGACACCGUCACGGAGAGCGAGAUGGCUAUCGCCAUGGCGCUCUUGGGCGGCCUCGGCGUUAUUCACCACAACCAACCGGCCGCUGCUCAAGCGGCGAUGGUCCGUGCCGUCAAGAGACACGAAAAUGGUUUCAUCACCGACCCCGUCGUUCUCACCCCCGACCAUCUCGUGGAGGAUGUUCUGGACGUAAAGGGCCGCUUGGGCUUCGCGGGUAUCCCCAUCACAGACACUGGCAAGCUUGGCGGGAAGCUCGUCGGCAUCGUCACGAACCGGGACAUCCAGUUCCGCUCUCACUCCACGCGGCUCGCGGAGGUGAUGACCACUGAUCUUGUCACGGCCAAGGAAGGUAUCACUCUUCAAGAGGCCAACGACAUUUUGCGCGACUCUAAGAAGGGCAAGCUUCCAAUCAUUGACUCGAACGGCUGCCUCACUUCUCUCCUUGCGCGCUCCGAUCUCCUGAAGAACAAGACAUACCCUCUCGCCUCCAAGCUGCCUGAGAGCAAGCAGCUGUACGCCGCCGCCGCCAUUGGCACUCGGCCCGCGGACCGCGAGCGCCUCGAGCUACUGGUCGAAGCCGGCUUGGACAUCGUGGUCCUCGACUCUUCUCAGGGCAACUCCGUCUUCCAGCUCGAGAUGAUCCGCUGGAUCAAGCAAACUUUCCCCAAGCUCGAGGUCAUCGCCGGCAACGUCGUCACCCGCGAACAAGCCGCGAACCUGAUCGCUGCUGGCGCCGACGGCCUGCGCGUAGGCAUGGGCUCUGGCUCCAUCUGCAUCACCCAGGAAGUCAUGGCCGUCGGCCGACCUCAGGCCACUGCCGUCUACGCCGUCGCCGAGUUCGCGAACAAGUUCGGUGUCCCGGUAAUCGCGGACGGUGGUGUCUCCAACGUUGGUCACGUCGUGAAGGCCCUCUGUCUCGGUGCGGGUGCGGUCAUGAUGGGCGGUCUGUUGGCCGGAACGACCGAAGCGCCUGGUGAAUACUUCUGGCACGACGGCAAGCGUGUCAAGACGUACCGCGGCAUGGGAUCUCUGGAGGCUAUGGAACAGGGCAAGCCUGCGGCUCCGUCUGUAGAGCGUGGUGGCAACGGACCCGGGUCGUCGAAGCCCCCCGCAAAGUCAACGACGCUUGAGAACGCGGCGACGUCGCGAUAUUUCUCCGAGUCCUCGGCGGUCAAGGUUGCGCAAGGUGUGUCGGGUGACGUGCAGGACAAGGGCUCCGUCCACGCCUUCCUCCCAUACCUCUACGUCGGCCUGCAGCACUCGUUCCAGGACAUGGGUGUGCGCUCCGUGCCCGAGCUCCGCGAAGGCGUGAAGGCGGGCACGGUUCGCUUUGAGUUGCGUACGACAAGCGCCCAGAUCGAGGGUGGGGUGCACGGGCUGAACUCGUAUACCAAGCGGCUCUUCGCGUGA